UCUAACACAUUAAUAAAAAGAAAAUAAAGAAGAACCAAAGGCGAAGUGCCAAAAGUUGUAAUUGUGCCUAGCAGCAUGGCAUCGCCUUUGAGAGCCCUCUCAGUCUCUGCCACGUUAUUGCUCUUAGUUAUUGCAUUGGCUAGUUGCGAAGCAAAGCUAUCUGCUUACCAUGCAGUUGGACGAGUCGGCCAAAAUGUUCAACCUGUCAAAGAACAUAAACCGAAGUUCAAGCCAGGGCCAUGGACCAAAGGUCAUGCCACCUUUUAUGAAGGUGGCACAGGAUCAUUUGGUGGAGCGUGUAACUAUAAAGACGUUGUAGCGGAAGGCUACGGCCUGAACACUGCAGCUCUAAGCGAAGCUUUGUUCAAGAAAGGGCAGACCUGCGGUGCUUGUUAUGAAAUUAAAUGUACCGAUGACCCAAAAUGGUGCAAGCCAGGGCAACCAUCUCUCUUUGUUACAGGAACCGAUCUUUGUCCACCAAAUCCAUCUCAGUCUAGUGAAAAUGGAGGCUGGUGCAAUUCCCCACUUGAGCAUUUCGAUAUAGCCAAGCCCGUCUUCAACCAAAUCUCUGACUACAGUGCUGGAAUUAUUCCUAUACAAUACCGCAGGGUUCCGUGCCAGAAGAAAGGAGGAAUCAAAUUCACAAUAAUGGGGAAUCCAUGGUUCAACCAGGUCAUAGUAUGGAACGUUGGUGGAGCUGGAGAUGUUGUUAGUGUUCAAGUGAAGGGUAAUGACAAGCUUAAGUGGACCCAACUAGAAAGAGAUUGGGGUUCCACUUGGAAAACGAGUGCUCAUAUGGUUGGGGAGUCAUUGACCUUCAGGGUUAGAGCAAGUGAUAGCAGAUACUCAACUUCAUGGCAUAUUGCCCCCAAGAAUUGGCAAUUUGGUCAGACCUUUGAGGGCAAGAACUUCAAGUAGAACACAACAAGAAAUCAGGGCAAGCUUUGAUGUUCAUGCUUAGGCAUUCAACUUAUAGAAUUGGAUAGUGGAUGUAGUAGGCGCAUAUUUACAAGUGUUACCAUUAGAAUCAUGUUUAGUACAUUCAUCAACUUCACUUUUUCUUUUUCCUUUUUCAAUAAUUGCUUUUGGUUCUCUGUAAUUUUCUAUUAUAAAACCAUAAAUCUUAUGCUCUAGUUCCAAAUUUCUGGCCUUUUUUUUACCACCUUAAACAAUGUGAUGUAUCUGAUAUCAUUCUGAAAUGAAAUUGUACACUAGGAAAUA